GAGGGCACGUGUGACGUCAGCGGCAGCCCAGGACAGAGCGCGCGAAAAUUGGAAGGCGGCCGCGCGAGCUGGGGACAGAGGAUGGCCCAAGAUACCACUGUGCCUAAAUUGAACUUUGAGUACUGGCUAGAUAAAGCUGUUGAAUGGGGUCAGACCACUACUUUGCAGUCCCAGCAAGAUGUCUGCCUUCAUCUGCCUAAAUUACAGGAGUUUCUACAGCAGAUUUAUGAAACCCUGAAACAUAUGAAUUCAGUUGCAGCAAUCCAGAGGUUUCCCUUAAUUGGUCAAUUAUUAGGAAGGCUUUGUUGGAAUCCCUUUGUUAUAGGAUAUGAUGAAAGCCAGAAGACUCUAAUAUGGUGCUUAUGUUGUCUGUACAGCAGUGAACCACAGAGCCCUGUGGAAUUGAAGGCCAACAGCUGGAUACGAGCUUUAUUGUGCCAUCUCCUUUCAUCUUCUGCAUGGGGAUCUAAGGAAGCUGAUACCAGUAACUUUAUUUCAGUUCUUGGCUACACCUCUGAAGAUUAUUAUGAGAAAUUGGUUGAAAAUAUGGUCUUAUCAUUAGUGACAGAACUCGGAGGAAAUCGGUUGAAUGGAUUUAACAUUCAAGGGAGAAUUUCAGCUGAUCGUGUGUACACAGUUUCCCUUUUCUGUGUUCCUCUUAUUACUUUGCCUGAUUUGACUCCAUUACUAGAAGCUCUCCUUACUCAUCAUGGAAGCAAAUCACAAGAGGUUCUCAGCUCAGAGUUUUUAGAAGCUGUGAAUGAAGCCUUUUUAAGAAAGAAGAUUGCCCUCUCAGAAUCAGCUGUCUUCAGCCUGUGGCUUCGCCAUCUACCCAGUCUUGAAAAAGCUACAUUGGAUUUGUUAGAAAGAUUAAUUUCUAAUCAAAUAACUUCACUGGAAGAGGUGAUGCGUAUCAUAAAAGAUUCAUUGCUGCCAAAAGCAUCAUGUUAUCCUGCUAUCUUCAGAAUAGUUGAUGAAAUUUUCAAGAAUGCAGUGUUGGAAACUGAUGGAGCUCCAGAAGUAAUGGUGAUAAUACAGGUGUUUACACAGUGCUUUGUCCAGGCUCACCAGAAUGAUAACAAGCAGCAUAAAUUUCCAUUGAAGUUCUACUUUCCUCACUGCCAUCAACCUCUUGUGAUAGCUUUACUCAAGCAUCCUUUUGAUUUGCCAGCUACAUUCUGGUCUCAGCACUUGAAACACAUUUCUGACAUGCUAAAAGCAGCAGUACAAGAUGAAACCAUUAGAUCUUAUGCUGACCUCUUUGAGACCUGGUAUUUGUUUGUUCAUUUUGGAGAAUGGACUGACAUUGCUGCAGAGCAGGUGCUGAAGUCAGGAGCUAAGUCUUCAGAUGCUUUGCUGUGGUUAUUGGCAUUUUAUUAUAAUCCAUACAGUGAAAAUCAUCAGAGGACUCAAACAAUGGUAGAAACUAGAGCUGUGUGUGACCACCUAAAGAUGCUUUUCAGCCAUACAACCCUCUCCAUCACAGAUCUGGAAGCUGCAGCCAGCAGGAUGACUGAUACAACACAACCUUGCACCAAACACCUUAUCAGGCAUCUCUUUAUUAGCUUUUUGCUCUUUUCUUCUGGUGGACACAAGAUUGCCCGAGAAUUUGUUUCACAUAUUACAGAGGCAAGGGAUGCAACCCGUGAAAUUUUUGCCAGUCUUAUCCGUACAGCUUACAGGCUUAAACAUUUUGGAGAAAAAAACCAAAGGACUAUAAAGUUGGUGAAUGAACUUCUUCAAGAACUCACAUUUAAGAUUUAGUAUUUGUGGUACUGUCCAGUGAUUGAGGAUCCUGAUGGAGGCAAAAUGUCUGAAGCCAGCUGCAGUGCUCCAGUCAGCGUCCCACAAUCAUCAUCUUCAACAGCAGCAUUCCUUGUUUUAUGUGUAGUAUUCUGUUUAGCAGUGCCUAAAAUCCCAUUAGUCAUCGUUGCCGCCACAGAACAGUUGAUCUCCAUCUUCACAGCCAGUGUUGUGUGUAGUCUGCUGCACAAAUGAACUGUUUUAUUGUAUCCCCAUGAAGAACUGGUCGCUGAUUCCCAGUUGAGCUGUGCAAGCUUUGGCUCAGUGGAAAAUGUUCAUUGAUGAUUGAGUACUGUGUAUUCCAGAUGGUCGAGCUCUACAGGCUUCAGCAGGUUCAGCGUUAUCUGGGCAGACCAGCUUGGACUGUCUUCCCCUUAAAGGAGGGAGAAGCUUGUAGUCAACUUCAGUGACCUGUUUCUCGGCUCCUUCAGCCUCCAGUGCAUCUCAAUUCUCCAGGUUACCUAGAUGCUCAACUGGCAUUUCUGGCUCCACCUAGCCUGACAACUGGCCUACAGCCUUAGCUCCCUGUUCAAUGGUAUGCAACAGUGAAGGGGGAAUGUACUGGAAUGCAGUUAAUUCUCUGUUAAGGAGAAAGGUGCAGAGAAGUGCCAGAAAGGCUGGGUGAUGGAAAAAAAAUGUUGGGAACCUGGCUCUAGCCAAACAGUGCACUGAGCAGCAAAAAACGCUGAACUCUACAGCGUCACUACAGAAAGCUCAAUGUGAAAGCCAUGAAAUUGCAAAAUGGUGCCCUGAACAGUGAUAAUUCAUGUACCUUGGAACUACUGUUGCAGGCACUUUGCAAACUAAAGUGGCAAAUGUCUGGCCUCAUAAUUUUUAUCUAAAAAACCAGAUUUUGGAAUAGGUCUCUGCAACAACGGUCAACUCUAAGGCAAAUCACAUAGUUAUAAAAUGCACAGGCCUUCUUCUAGCUGUGAUUCUUUUUCAUUUAUGGUAUAUUAUAGUCGUUUAACAAGAGAUAUAAGGAUCAGUGCAUGCUAUUUAGGUUCAAAAUGCACUUUAUGUUGGUCACAUUAAAAUCUUAUCCAUCUUAGGUCUGCCACUCCAAAAGUGUUAACUGUAUUGCCUGUUUGACAUCAACAGUAAAAUCUGCCAUUUUAUAGAUAAGGUCACACUCAAGGUAAUAAAUAACAAGUAACUACAAAAGCAAAGGUGCCCUUACCUGAACCAUAAAUGAACACACCGUGAGCUCCUCAAUUAUUAACCAGUAUCUCUUGCUUACACUGUAGUCACAUGCAUUGUUACAUUACAGGUCUACGUCACAUCUUGACUGGCUCUUACCAUUACAAGACUAAAGUUCCUUAUGGGCAUAUUGUUGAACUGUGUGUACUCUUGUUAAAUGCAGCCUACCCAAGCACAGUAAAAAUGAAUCACAGUCAACCAUAAGCAACACAUUUGUUCAUCAGUCAGUCUGUUGUUUAAAUUUGGAAGACCAUGGCCAUUCUCCUUUAUAACUACUGCUGUACAUUCAGUUUGUUCUGUAACUCCCAUCCUUUAUGACGGGGGGGGGGCAACCUUUUUUGGAAGGCAUGCCACAAAUUAGCCCCACACUCUCCCUGAGUUCACUCUGAUCCCCUUUUCCCAAUCUUGUCCUCUGCUUUCUGCCCGAUCUCUUGGCUCUGGUUUUUGCUUCCAGUCCUACCUGCUGCUGUGCUGCCUGUCCCUUCCCCAAAUUGCUGUGCACCCCACACAGGCUGCCCACGCCACUUGCCCCUGCUUCACGGUAGUGAAAGCUGGUUUCAACAACACUGCUGGAGAGUGACAAUCAGUAUUUCCUAUUAGAUGGUUACAGUAGGAACUCUCACCCAUCCCAACUCCAGAGUCUACCGCUGACCUUCUGAUUGUCGUUAGACUGCUUGUUCCACAGUGAGGUCUGCUGUAAGGGAAUAAAUAAAAACAGCUCUUUUGGAGGGUUAUCUUUACCAUAA